AUGGUAUUUUAUCAUCAACAACCUAACUUGUCAUUGUAUGAUAUCAUAGAGGCUUUGUCCGGUCAAGCGGGUAUCAGACAGCAGCAGCCCCAGCAGCAGCAGCAGCAGUCUGAGGGCAGAACUAGCGGAUAUGACGAUUAUGGUCAAAGUAGACUACAAUCGAUUCCCGGGUAUCCGUUUGUUUCGCCGACUCCAAGUUACUCUGGGUAUUACUACACAAUGCCCAGUCGAGGCAGUUAUUAUGAGCCCACGUAUUUUGUUAAUGAACAAAGUAUUCCUAGUAGAGGGUAUGCUCGGCAAAGUCAAGCAUCGCAUUCUACUCCUCAUGGGCCAGCCAUGGCUAGAGACCCGAUAUAUGGGUUAUUGAAUCUAUUGCAGGGUGCGGCGUCCUCGUUUCAUGAUUCUGGGAGCGAUAGUGGCAGAGAUGAGGAGGAUGAUGGCGACAGGGUAGCAGAUACGAACUAUGGCAAGGAAGGUUUAGGAUCAUCUAAUAAAACGCCGAAUGUUGUGGAGGAUGUUCAGGAGGGCGAAGGGGAGGAUGGAACACCUGAAAAAGCCAAAUUUCAGGCCAACGAUGCAGUUGCCUCCCAGAAGUUCAAUGCGGAGUCUGAACGUGUGGGUAAUCCAUUUUUAAAACGUAAAUCCUCUACCUCGUUUGUUUAUCCCAAUGUUCCAUCUCCAAUUCCAGACCCAUUACAAGUUUCCAAGCCAGAGAUUAGGUUGGACUUGCCUUUUUCGCCGCAAGUGAAUGUAUAUGAUGCAGAAAAGGAAUAUAUCGUUGUAUUAGCGUUGCCUGGUGCAAACUCAAAAUCCUUCAGCAUUGACUACCAUCCUUCUUCCCAUGAGUUGUUAAUCAAAGGCAAUGUGGAAAAUAACCUAGAUGUCGAUUCAAAACUACUCAAAAUUUCAGAAUUGAAGUAUGGAGCCUUUGAACGUUCUGUGAAGUUCCCAGCGUUGCCCAAAAUUACGGACGAGGAAAUCAAGGCUACGUAUAGCAAUGGGUUGCUACAAAUCAAGGUCCCCAAAAUCUUGAAUGAUUCUAGCAAGCCAAAGCCUAAGAGAAGAAUUAUAAUAGAGGAUGUUCCUGAUGAAGAGUUGGAAUUCGAAAAGAAUCCAAAUCCCGUUUCAGCACCGAAUGUUGAAUAA